CUCCAACCAUGGCCCUGGGACUGUUCCGGGUGUGUCUGGUGGUGGUGACAGCCGUCAUCAACCACCCUCUGCUGUUCCCGCGGGAGAACACCACGGUGCCAGAGAACGAGGAGGAGAUCAUCCGCAAGAUGCAGGCGCACCAGGAGAGGCUGCAGCUGGAGCGGCUGCGCCUGGAGGAGGAGGUGGCGCAGCUGGCGGCGGAGGAGGCCCCCGAGCAGCGGGGCGCGGAGGAGAGCCAGCAGCAGCAACACGACACCCGCACGGCCUGGGACCUCUGGAGCACCCUGUGCAUGAUCCUCUUCCUGAUGAUCGAGGUGUGGCGGCAGGACCACCACCAGGACGAGCCGUCCCCGGAGUGCCUGGCUGCGGACGAAGACGAGCUGCCCGGCCAGGAGGGGGCGCCCCUGCCCGGCCUCACGCUGCCCAGCAAAAGCACCCUGGGCCACUUCUACGAGCGCUGCAUCCGGGGCGCCACGGCCGACGCCGCCCGUACCCGGGAGUUCGUGGAAGGCUUCGUGGACGACUUGCUGGAAGCGCUGAGGAGCCUGUGCAACCGGGACGCGGACAUGGAGGUGGAGGACUUCAUCGGCGUGGACAGCAUGUAUGAGAACUGGCAGGUGGACAAGCCGCUGCUGUGCCAGCUCCUCGUGCCCUUCACGCCCCCGGAGCCUUACCACUUCCACCCCGAGCUCUGGUGCUCCCGCCGCUCGCAGCCCCUGGACCGCCAGGGCUACGGCCGCAUCCAGGUGGCGCGGGCCGACGAGGAUGCGCUGGGCUGUGUGUGCGGCAAGACCAAGCUGGGCGAGGACAUGCUGUGUCUCCUGCACAGCAAGCCCCGCGGGGAGGCGGCGGGCGAGCUGCUGUGCGCCCCGGACUCGCCCUACCUGGACGCGCUGCUGGUCAUGAAGUGGUUCCAGACGGCCCUCACCAGGGCCUGGCACCGCAUCGCCCACAAAUACGACUUCGACCUGGCCUUUGGCCAGCUGGACACCCCCGGCUCCCUGAAGAUCAAGUUCCGCUCCGGCAAGUGCAUGCCCUUUAACCUGAUCCCCGCCGUCCAGUGCGAGGACUCAGACCUGUACUUUGUCUCCCACCUGGCCAGGGAGCCGCCGUUGGCGUCCGGCACUGACUGGCUCCUGUCCUUCGCCGUGUACGAGCGCCGGUUCCUCCGGAUGACGUCCAAGGCGCUGCCCGAGGGGGCCUGCCACCUCAGCUGCCUGCAGAUCGCCUCCUUCCUUCUGUCCAAGCAGAGCCGCCUGACGGGCCCCAGCGCGCUGGGCAGCUUCCACCUGAAGACGGCCCUGCUGCACCUGCUGCUGGCUCGCAGGCCGGCCGACUGGAAGGCAGCGCAACUGGACGUACGUCUGCACGAGCUGCUCCGCUUCCUGGAAAAAAGCCUGCUGGAGAAGAAGCUCCAUCACUUCUUCAUGGGCAACCGCAAGGUGCCGGCCUCCCUGGGGCUGCCCGAGGCCGUGCGCCAGGCCGAGCCCCUCAACCUCUUCCGGCCCUUCGUGCUGCAGCGCAGCCUCUACCGGAAAACCCUGGACUCCUUCUACGAGAUGCUCAAGAAUGCCCCGGCUCUCAUCAGCGAGUACUCCCUCCACGGCUCUGCAGACCCUGCCGGCCCGCCCCACAAAGCCGGCGUCUUGUGAGCAUCCAGUACUCAGGCCAGCACACCUCACCCGGGCCCAUGCCCGGAGGACCCUGCAGCGGGCUAUGAGCACCACCCAGGGAGCCAGGCCCGGGAGCAGGGAGAGGCGGAAUUCCAAGAUGGGAGCGGUUCACUUUCCUGCCGUUGGGCCCCGCUGGUGAGGGUGUAGGUCCUUGGUGGCUUCUUCCCAUGGAAGGCCAAGAUGAGGUUGGAGGGUGCCAUGGACACUGAGUUCCAGACCGCCCGAGCACUGGGGAGUGAGUGCUGCUACCCAGGGCAGCCUUCAACUCAACAUCAGCAAGGCUGGCGGGAAAGGUCACAGGCACCAUGUCCCUCUCUCGGUGACCUCUGCCCUGGGCGUGAAUCCCCAAAGCACUGAAAGGGACAGAUAGAUGUGGGACAUGGCCCGUCCCCCAACGCCUGCAUGCCAGGGGCCCCACUGUGGAGGAAACGCCACAGUGGAGGCUCGAGGCCCGGGGUGGGGGUGGAGGUAGUGGCCGCCACACACUGAGGGUGCCCAUGGCAGGGAGGCGUCAGAGUGGCCACAGUUUUCCUCACUGUUCGCUCAGGGUACGCCCCUUCUCUUGGCCCUUCCCAUGCACUGACCAAGUCCAAGCUGGGUACCAGCCCAGGGGCCCCUGCCCUGCUUCCGUCCUGCCACAACUGGUCUCGCUGACCAGAGGAGGGCAGGUGCACACCUGGGAAACAGAUCCAGGGGGGUCUGAGACAAAGGACAGAGCCUGGCACCCCGGGGUCCGGGGUAGGCUCUCAGUCUGGCUUCUAAACCCCAAUUUUGAGUUGUCGAGUGAAAAGCAGCCCUAGUUCUCUCUCCCUCUGGGGAUCCCCCACCCCAGAGCGGGGCUGCCUGAAAAAUAGCAGCUGCAGGGAGUCUUGGGCACAGCACAGAGCCCCCAUUUCAGCCGGCCACACAGGUGACCCAGAGCCCAAGAGCCUGACGAAGCAGGCAUAGCCCCCGGCCCUCCAAGGGGACACCUCGCCUCCGUCUCCAGGCUCGAUGGUUGGCCGGGAAGCUGCUCAUCCAGUGACAUCCUCGUCGGCCCUUGUAGGACUCCUCUAGGCCUUGCCUCGGGACCCCCUUGAAGAGGGCAACAGUUGCCAGGACCCCCUUGCAGAGAGCAACAGUUGCGGCUGGCUGUAACGACCCAGCAGAUACUUCCACAGGGCAUCAGGCUUCCUGGACACCCAAGGAGGAGCGUGUGUCUCCCCCAGGAGCGCCCUCUCCUGACGGGAGAAUCCUGAGAGCACAGAAGGGUUUCCUCACAGAGUUCCCAGCACAUCUCUGGGCUGUGAAGAGCCUGGGGCUCCAGGAAGACUUCCUGUAUAAGCUCCUUGAGGGAGCAGCCAGGAGUCUGCUCAGAGCGCCCACAGAAGCUGCCUGUCCUGGCAGGAACACCGGGAGCCCCCUCCCCCUUUCUGUAUUCCCCUUGAGUAGGGAGUGAAUUUCCUUAUUUAUUGUUACCUGUAUCUUCCUGGCCUGUCUUCACCCCCUUCUCACUGUGCUCUGAGGAGCCCCCAGCAGCUGAAAAGAACCAGCCCUCAGAAGGCCAGACCAAGCCUGAACCUCCCAGCGCCUCCAGGAGUUCAGGGGAAAUGUGCCUGCUGGACUCUUAUUUUCCCAGAGACACCAACUCAGCUGAGAUGGGACUUAUCCCUGAACCCAGGGUCCUGCUGGGCCCCUGGGGCUUCAUGCUGCCUUAUUUAUAUGAAAGGAGGGAGUAAAGUCUUGAGAGAAGCUG